UUACUCUUCGAGUUCUAACGACGGCGGACGUUCAGUGUCGCACUGGCAGCAGGCAGCAAUGGGUGACGCGUGUCGUAAAGAGGAGUUUCUGCGGCGCGAUCUGGUGGCGCAGAUAGUUGGCGGGAAUGAAGAUCUGGUCGGGUCGGAGGUUGUGGACUGUUCGCUGCGGAGGUCAUCCACCAUGGACGGUUUUAUGGCCACGAUCUACCAUCUGGAUGUAACGAUUCGAAAGUCGAGCUUGGAUGCUACGACGAUGGUUUUAAACCUGCUGGUCAAGGUGAUGAAAGGAAGUGAGUCGUUUCGGCGCGAAUCGCUGGGAUUUAUACUGUUUCCGAACGAGAUCAACGUGUACAAGAAUGUCGUUCCGGCGUUCAAGAAGCUGAUCACCGCCAGUGGUGCUGCGAUUCCGAUCGAAAGCUGGUGUCCUCGGGUGUUCUUCUCCGAGCAAGGACGUUUCCCGGCGUACAGCGAUCAGCUGGAAACGAUACUGGUCAUGCAGAACGUUCAACCCCUCGAUUUUGUGUCCGGCCCUCGUCUCGAUCUAGACGAGCCCCAUUUGCUGUUGAUGGCCCGACAGAUUGCGCAGUUCCACGCGUGUAGCUACGCUUUGCGCAUCACUAAUGAAUCAAAAUUGCGUCAAUUGGUUGACGCGAUAAUACCGCUGAACUUUGUUCAGGACGGAAAGGUCUUCUUCGAAAGCUACGACAUUGUCUUUCGGCACACCCAAGAACGACUCUUCCAAUACUUCGAAGAACAUCCAGAACUCCUCGCAGACGACAAAACUCGCUCCAACAUUGAGCUCUUUCACAAGUCCUACGGCGGGAACCCGUCCCAACUGAUGCAAAGAUGUCUCCAACAAGACGACGUCUACUCGGUGAUUCUGCACGGAGAUUACAACCGGAACAACGUCCUCUUCAAGUACGGCAACGAUGGUACACCCGAAGACGUACUCAUGAUCGACUUCCAAGAGAAUCGGUUCGGAACACCCGCACUGGAUCUAUCCUUCUUCAUGUACAUGAACAUCGCAAUGGAACUAAGAGAAAGCUGCUGGAGCAAAGUGUUGAAAUGCUACCACGACGAGCUGAUUAGAUGUCUGCUGGAGAUCACCAAACUGCCAAAGGAUGACGUCCGAUUAGAGCCGUACAGCUACGAAAACUUUCUGACCCACCUGGCCCGGUACUUUGUCUACGGGGCCAUAAUCGCGGUCAAGUUCCUGCCGGCGAUGAUGGCCUCGGAGGAAGAAAUCGCACACGUGGUGCACUACUUCCACAACGAUGUCCGGAACGAGGGCUUCCGUACGGUGCUCAAGAGCUGCGGCGGAGAAGCGGCCAGCCGACGAAUCGCGGAAGUAAUGCUGCACUGCUCCCGGAUGGGCUACCUGCAGUUCCUGUCGGAUUGAUACUGUCGAAAUACAAAGGAUACGAAUGCAACAACGA